UGCCUCACUCGUCAUUGUACGGAACUGACCAGCCAUUGGAAACGAAAUCAAGAAGACGACAAACAAUCAUCGUCAUUUAUCAACCGAUUAAUCGCAUAACGAGUGAUUUCGAUAAAGUAUCCAAUAAGGAGUGUACUUAAGGACAUCUUCUUGGUUUCGGCCAGCGAGAAGAAAGCCUAUGCCUUGAAAGAAAGGAGAAUUUUCCCUUUUUACUGGUGUCGUAAGAGAACAUUUGGCCAUUUUUUCGGAUCAGCUCCUGGAAAUGUAACAGAUCUCUCGUCGUCUGUACGGAAGUUAGUCUCAAAAUCGCAUCUUUCGACGCUUUAUAAUGAGCGGAAGACCAAGGACAACUUCUUUUGCCGAAGGAGGACGGGCUGGACAGCCUGCGUUCGGAGGAAUGAAAACCUUCGGAAAAGAUGGGUCAAAGGUGAACACUGUUGUGGCCACUCCAGGCAUUGGCAGUGACCGACCCAUAGAGGUCAGCUACACUGAUGCCAAGGUCAUUGGCAAUGGCUCCUUCGGUGUUGUUUAUCAGGCGAGGCUGGUUGAAUCAUCCGAGCUAGUUGCCAUCAAGAAAGUUCUUCAGGACAAGAGGUUCAAGAAUCGAGAAUUGCAGAUAAUGCGCAAGCUGGAACACCAGAAUAUCGUGAAGCUGAAGUAUUUCUUCUAUUCUGCUGGCGAUAAGGUAAGAAGGAAGAAAGAUGAGGUGUACCUCAACCUGGUAUUGGAAUAUGUCCCGGAGACUGUCUACAGGGUAGCAAGACACUACAGCAAGAGCAAGAACUCGGUCCCACUGCUCUUCAUCAAGUUGUAUAUGUAUCAGCUGUUCCGAAGUCUUGCAUACAUCCAUUCACAAGGAGUUUGUCAUCGGGAUAUCAAACCUCAAAACCUCUUGUUAGACCCAGAAACUGGGAUACUGAAACUGUGUGAUUUUGGAAGUGCUAAAGUGCUGGUUAAGGGAGAACCAAAUGUGUCGUACAUCUGCUCACGUUACUACAGAGCCCCAGAGCUGAUAUUUGGGGCCACAGACUACACAGCACAAAUAGAUGUCUGGUCAGCAGGAUGUGUGUUGGCAGAGCUACUUCUGGGUCAGCCCAUCUUUCCAGGGGACAGCGGCGUUGACCAGCUGGUAGAAAUCAUCAAGGUCCUUGGUACACCAACGCGGGAGCAGAUUCGAGAGAUGAAUCCCAACUAUUCCGAGUUCAAGUUCCCACAGAUUAAAGCUCAUCCCUGGACAAAAAAGGUUUUUAGACAGCGAACUCCAGCCGAGGCUAUUAACCUGGUGAGCAGGCUACUGGAGUACACCCCGUCAAGUCGUAUCUCCCCCCUGGAAGCCUGCGCACACGCCUUCUUCCACGAACUGAGGGACCCAGCAACAAGACUGCCUAACCAAAAACCCUUACCCCCACUUUUCAACUUCACACAAGAAGAACUGAGUAUUGCCCCAACUCUUAACGCAACCUUAAUACCUCCCCACGUGAGAAAUGGUGAAAGCAACUCGUCAACAGACCAAGUCGGAGACGACAGCAAAUCACAAAACCCAGGCGGAGAUGCCACAUCGUCACAAGGGGCUGCAGCGGCCGCUGGAACCUCUGCAUGAGGCAGGCUCCAACUAGGUUACCACCCAAACUAUUAUUUAUAUGAAUCACAUGUUACAAUCAUGACUUGUUGACUUGUUGCAAUACACCCACCAUGAAUUAAGGGCUGGAUGUUGAAUGUCCGGUCGCUUGCUGUGCACUGUUGUUGAGAUAGCUACUGCAGCAGGAGGACGGUGAGCUCCUGGUGGGAUGUGAUGGGACAGAGGACAAGAGAGUGUAUGAUACGAAGAGGACGAGGACGGGAGACACCCUUUCUGACUCGACUAGAUCAUGCUCGGUAGUGUUGAGUUGGAGCAGAGUUCAUGUGCUGAUGCCAUACACGUACAAUGAUUUUAGGCUCAUGGAUACUUGUUGCAGUGAAAGGGGACAGAACUCUGAAUAUUUUGCAGUGACUGUCAGAGUUGUUCCUCGUAGAAACAGAUUUUGAAUGGAGGCUGUGACAUGCAUCUGUAUGGUUAAUUGCUAGCCAUUGUUGCUGAAGGGAAUUAGGGUUGUUAUGUGUAGUUGUGAAGAAAUGUUGGACUGACUUAUUCAUCUCUGUCUGUGCAGUAUUGGGCAUUGGGACAGCUGUACUCGUGUCCAGUCCAGCUUCUCCACCUUGUGUUGUCAGAAACUGUGGUCAAUGUGGUGAGUCACUGGUCAACACUGUGAACCAUCAUCUUCAUCCCGGCACGGACACACACCAACGUCUACUGCAACUCUUGUGUAGCCUGCCCAUCUCUUUGGGCCAGCCAACUUCAUCAACCGAUCGAGGAGGCUGGAAUUGUAGGUUGCUUGGAAUUCAAUGAGAUCCAAUCAAGCCAUAUUUUUACCAGUAUAUUAAACUUGUUGAUUAUGUUGACUGUUUUUAAGUCUGUACUUGUGAAUCCGGAGAGAGUGUUUCCAUGUAGUGUGACAGGGUGUGUGUGUGCGUGUGGGUGUGUAUCGGGGUGUGUGGAUUGAGUAUGGUACUGCAUUUCACCAUUUCACCAGGUACUGACAUGUACAGUGCCAGCUUUCUAUUACUUAGGAUAACGAAGCCCCUGGGAUCCUUCACAGUGGCCAUAGUCACUAUACAAAUGCUGGAUAAGACAUUAGUUAUUGUCAGUGAAAAUACACACGGGUCAUUUUGACACCACAGUCACGACUCUAUGAACCUUACUGACAUGUGUUGAGGGGUAUUUCUUGAUUGUUUGGGGGUAAUUUCAGGGUAUUUGGUGUCCUACCAUGCACUUUAUACACCUGUCAAAUUCUUUCUGCUGUUGUCAUGGUUAUGAAAUUGUUUCAGUCGAUGAAGGAGUUAUAUUUAAUCAACUUCCACAUUACAUAUGCAAGACACUUUUUUUUUUCUAGUGUAAAAGUAGCAAAAACGUACAAGGUUAAUCAAGUAUUUAUGUAUUGUAACCAGAAAUAUUCUUUGUGGUUAAGACUAGUGGGUCUAUAAUCAGCCAAUCAGAUGCUGUGAGUAUAUUGCCAUCUGUUGUAGGAUAUGGCCCCUGUGCUUGUGGCCCAUCUGUUUCUCAUGUAGAUCCCCUCAAUACUGAGUGAGAAGUAGGCGGAUACCAAAACGACAUGUUAAUGAUCAGGGUAGAACUUGUGUUCAAAUAUCUGUUGGUAUUGAGUAAGAACACAUGCUAUGAAAUAACAGACUUACAGGUUGGGUAAAUCUACAUUCAGCUUAUGUGAUUGAAGUGUGAUUUAGUUUUAGCUUGUAUUUUACACAUCAACUUUUGACAGCUACACAUUGUCUGUAAAUUGACCUGAUUUGGACUAGAUACUUACUCCACAUCGGAUGCACUAAUCAUCCUAUCUGCUGACAGUGGUUAUUCAGAUAGGGAGGGAGCACCAACCAAAUUGAUACAUGAAUCAAAAGGUAUAUUAAGAGAUUGCUUGCCUUUUGAAAUGAACUGCACUUUUUCUUGACGAGACAUGUCAGAAAUGAUAUCCUGUCAUGAUGAAAUAUGUUCCAAAUUUCACAACAAUGUGAUCAAGUGUCUAAAGCUGUGUUGUUCCUGGAUUUGUUCAUACAAUUACAGGGGUAGAUUACCAACAAAUAUGACUAGCCAGCAUACAUGCUCCCUUAAAAUGUUACUGGCCCUUCUCCAAACUAACUGGCCUACAACUAAAUGGUGGAGGCCGCGAAGUGCCCUAACCUGAGGACGCGCAGCCAUCUAGCGGGGCUCUGAAAAAUUGAGAACUCCUCACCCCUGAAACACCUUUUUUCCUGAGAAUAAAUCUUGGCUUCCAUUUGCCUUCCAUUUGCCUCAAUUCAUGGCCAUUUAUGAGCAAAUAAAGAUGAUGUACACAUUACAAAGUGGCGGCCGGUUGUCAUUCGCGAUGAUCGACAUAUAUCUUUGUUUAAGUUGACUGUUCACACGACCACAUCACCCCUUUGUAUUUUCUCAUCGAAAUUACAUGAUUCACAAGCAGUGUCCAAUUAAUAAAAUUAUAAGUACAUGGAGAAGGGGUGAAAUUUUGACUAGCCAGACGGGCCAUCUAUGAUACUUUUCAGCAAGCCCUUUGUAGUUUUAACUGGCCAUGGCCCAACGGGCCAGUAGUUAAAUGGACCCCUGAACUAACUGUUUGAUUAUGCAGAAUAAUCAACAUAUUGGAAAGCCUUUUAAUUAAGAACUCAAUUAUAAAGUCAUGAUACUUGGUAUGGAUACUUUUGUUAUGGUUUGUAACAUUCACGGCUACUUGCCUAUUCAUUAAGUAAAGUUACACCAUAAGACCUGGAAUUUCUAGAAGCCCUGUUGAUGCAUCACUGUCAGUGUAUGCCGUUUGAUUGAAGUCAGGCACUUCGUCUGACCAAGCAGUGUACAAAAUAUCUGCCUUCCUGCAACCCAUGGCCAGCAAGAUUAUGGUCAGCUUAGGCGUUGUUAAAUGUCCCAAGUCUGACCGGCUACUUAAAGUUUAAAAGGUUUUUUUUAAGCACACCUUUUAGUUGAUUAAAAUAUUUAAAAAUUCGUACAUUUCUGUAGAGCAAUACAACCAUCAAAAAUAAAAUAAGAUAAAAUUGAUAUCAAUAAUUAAUUGAUGUGGCUAUCCAUGUUGCACAUUGUGAGGAUGAAAAAUAAACUUGCAUUUUUGAGUUUGUGAAAUAUGAAACUGGCUAGUAAGUAACUGACAAUCAGCCCACUUGGCCAGCAAUAUUUGGAGACUAUUUCACACUGCAACCAAGUAGUCGAUCAUAGUAUAGAAUCGAGAGGUAGACGAGCACUUCCUUCAUUCAAACAGUCAGCCAUUGUCCCAACUUCAUCGUUUGAUGCCAGAAUAAUAUCAAACUUCAAUUGCAUAGCAUUGUAUACUCAUGUCAGUGGCAAGAAACUUUCAGCAGUAGUGAACUUUUGUUAAUGAAACGUCUCUUUCUAUUCUGUAAUGGCAAAAACAUAUUCCUGGAGCACUGUUAGAUGUUCAAGCGCAAUAUAAUGAUAUGAUGGGAAGUGAUUAAUGUCAAAUUUAAAGCUGAAUGCAUGGACAACUAUGAUUGAUGGUGAGUCGUCUGGGUCCAAGCAAUCAGUUCUGAUGAGGAUUAUGACAUAAGCAUAAUUCCUGUCACUAGUAUCAAUGAAGACAUCAUUACCACUGCCCUAUAGUAAAUGGCAUUUGAGAGUUUUAGGUUUCCACUGUACGCAUCCAGAUUUUAGGUUCACUUGUUACUGAUUGCAUUCACAAAUGGAAACACUUUUGUCUUUUUAGCCGAGUUUUAUCCUUUGUUAAAUCUCUGUUGUUUUGUUAUGCUCCUCUGCAGUCUGUAGUAUUAUCAACCAACUCUGAUCUGUACAUCCUCAUCAUUGUCGAGAAUGAGCUGCACUGAUUACAUUGUAAGCUUGUGUACUGUACAAAGCCGAAAAGGUCUUGCAUUCCCAUUAUGUAGUCCAGUGCAUAGAUCACUUUUGUACUUAAUACUUUUAUAAGAUCCACCAUCUGGGCCCAACAGUUCCACCUGGUACACCCAAAUUACAUGAUCUCAGAGUAGAUUGAAUUGCAUUCUGCUUGUUUAACCCACAUGAUCACGUCUAGUCUGUAACAAGAGGAAAGUUUGUGUCCAUUCUCCCGUGGCUACCUGCACAUGUCUGUCCAGUUUAACACCUGGUGUCCCAAGUUGACCUAGACUGCAUCUUAACAUAUUCCCGAACGUCAGGUAGAAAAUGCUCUGCCAUUUUUAACCAUUGUAUGUUUGGAAGUUUUAAAUGUAUAUAGGAAUAUAUAUAUAUAUAAACCUACUUGUAAUUAUAUAGUUGUAAAUAGCUUGCUGUGUGUAAAUGACCACUGGGUCAAAGUUCACUUACGUCAACCGUGUCCUUGCAUGCAUGACUGUUGUGAGAACAUGAUGAAGCUGCUUGUGUCGGGGGGGGUCAUCGUUGUAGGGUGGGGCAGGAUUUAGUCAUCUCUUUCAGUUGAAACAUAUCCGGAGCCGGAGCUGAUCUCUGGCUCUGACAGUUUCCAUUUGGUUGAUACCAUCUGGAAAUCAACUGCAUCCAACAGUCAUUGUUUUCCAAUCCUGAAGACCAUUUGCACUGUAUUACAAGCUGGCCAUGUUUUGUGUAUAGAUAUGUUUCAGAGAAAUGCUGCUUUAUGCUACUCUUUCAUGUUCAUUCUCAGUUUGGCGGAUCUCGGUUUGGGAACUUCAGCUGCUAUGUCAGAGAAGGAGACAAAACCACUGCACUUUGCAUAAUCAUUUGGUCUUAAGGAAAUGCUAUUUUGUUGCUCCAUGGCUAUUUUUCAAGUCGGUCCUGUCGAGAAAUAAACAUGUAUUGUGUACAUUGUAUCAGGUCUUUGCAGAAUGCAUGUGUUAUGAAGACUCAUGGAUGAGUCAACCUUAUGCAGGAGCAUGACUUCUCUGUCAUAACAUUGAUUCACUGUUGCUCCUGCCAAGUUUUUACGUUUGUUACCAGUGGCCAAAACUAAGCAUGAAAAUCCAGUGGCCCUUGUCAUGACCCUAAUGUUAAAAGUUAUUACCGUAUUCGACGUAAUAAGCGCCCACGGCGAUAUUUGCUAAUAUAUUGGCAAGUGAACAAUCCCAGUUAGCACCCCUUCAGAUUGAUCAAUGUACACAAGCACAAGACCUAUUUAUUCGUGUAUAAUACGCACUCGUGUGUUAUAUGCACUCUUAAUUAUGGGCAAUUAAAUUCUGGAAAAAUAUAUCUGUCGUAUAUAACAGUCAGCCCGUCAGCAUAAACCACGAAAUUUAUCUUUCAACUCUGUUUUUUCCACCAAAAUAAUAUUCUAAUAAGAGCCCCCUAUUUGUAAUUUUGAGAGCGCCCUGGGCGCUUAUUACGUCGAAUACGGCAAGUUAUAUUACCAUGAAGACCCAAGGAGCCCCUUUGCUUCCUAACACUGGUUGGUGAUAGCCAGAAAUCCCUCCUGGUCCAGGUGCCCACUUGCACAAAGCGAUCUUAGCGCUAAGAUGAUCGUAACUCCCAUACUUUAGCAUAGGCUUACAAUAGUCUUAGCGCUAAGAUCGCUUUGUGCAAGUGGGCCCUGGUGCCCAAGAGGACAGACUACAGGGUUGGAAAUUAAGGCAGAUCAUCUAAUCCCACAGUUGUUGCUGUGUAUUGCAUACUUUGUCUUAAUUACUUUCUUGACAUUUAUCAAUGGAAAUUCCAGAUGAUGAUAUUAAUUUACUUAACUUCGAACCCUGCAGAUAUCUUCAACACGAUGUAUCUUUUGCUGCCAUGGUAGUCAGGCACCAAGUGGAAUGUAUGUAUGUACAGUAUGUGAUGUCAUGCUGGUCAUGUGACACGAGUCAUGUGACCUCCACUUUUUAUGACUGCCGCUGAUAGUUACACACUAUUUCUGUGAUGUCUGUUUCGAAGUCGUCGUGUACAUACCAGGACAUGAACCAGAGUGAUCGUCCGUGGUCCUGGCAGCUCUUUGGUUAAACUGUGUUCUAAUUUUUCUUCAUUCCAUCACAAACUUGCUAUAUAUCUUUGAAAUGGUAUUCCUGUUCAACAACUUCUCUAUUCUGUAAUUGUGUGGGACGACUGACAGAGCCAGGCCAUGAGGAGAUCGGAGGAACUGGUUCUGGAUCCUGGCUGGCUGUUAUCUCAUGCAUGGUGCCUUUCAGUUAGGUAACAGUGGAAUUAGUCAACAGUCCUAUUGGAUAUUUGUAAGAAAGUUCAUUUGUACACUGUUCGUCUCUCUUGUCUUUGGUUGUCAGCGCAGUCAAAACUUGUAAGCUGUAAAUAAAAUUUCAUUCAGAGA